UGUGUUUGCAUGAAAAAUGUGAGAGGUGACGAAUGUCUUCUUCUGGAUGAAUUGCGUGUUAAGGUUUACCAUCUUUGAAUUCGAAUACGACGUUACUACCUAAGCAUGCAGCUUCAAACAAACUAACAUUGUAUCUUUUUUUUCAAGCAACUUCCUUAAUCUCUCUUCCUUAAAAACCCCUAAUCAUUCACCACUUCUUCGCUCACUCCUCUCUAUCUUUUACUAUAUUCAAACAGAAAAUGAAGAUGUUUAUUAUAAUGUUCAUGAGCUUUUCAGUUAUCGCCUGCGUUGGGACCGGUCAGCCACUUGUACCGGCUCUAAUCAUAAUGGGAGAUUCAGUUGUCGAUGCUGGUAACAACAACCACCUCAAUACCCUCGUUAAAGCCAAUUUUCCUCCCUAUGGCCGCGACUUCUUCGCCCACAAUGCCACUGGCCGUUUCUCUAACGGAAAACUUGCCACUGACUUUACCGCUGAGAGUUUAGGGUUCACUUCUUACCCGGUGGCGUACCUUAGCCAAGAAGCUAAUGGGACAAAUCUGUUAACCGGAGCCAAUUUCGCCUCUGGUGCUUCCGGUUUUGACGACGGAACUGCCCUAUUUUACAAUGCAAUAACAUUGAACCAACAGCUGGAAAACUACAAAGAGUACCAAAACAAAGUGACGAACAUUGUGGGAAGAGAAAGAGCAAAUGAGAUAUUCUCAGGCGCGAUUCAUCUUCUAAGCACGGGAUCAAGCGAUUUUCUUCAAAGCUAUUACAUCAAUCCGAUCCUUAACCUGAUUUUCACGCCUGAUCAAUACUCGGAUCGUCUCUUGAGAUCCUAUUCCACCUUUGUGCAAAAUUUGUAUGGUUUAGGUGCUAGAAAGAUUGGAGUGACGACGUUACCGCCCUUGGGUUGUUUACCUGCUGCAAUAACGACGUUUGGUGAAGCUGGGAACAAUACGUGCGUCGAAAGACUAAACCGGGAUGCGGUUUCCUUCAAUACCAAACUCAACAACACGUCUAUGAACUUAACCAACAAUCUUCCCGGUCUGAAAUUGGUCGUCUUUGACAUCUAUAAUCCUCUGUUGAGCAUGGUCAUGAACCCUGUCGAGAAUGGGUUUUUGGAAUCAAGAAGGGCUUGUUGUGGAACCGGGACAGUGGAAACUUCGUUCCUAUGUAAUGCAAGAUCGGUGGGUACAUGUUCGAAUGCUACCAAUUACGUGUUUUGGGAUGGUUUUCAUCCAUCCGAGGCAGCCAAUCGUGUCAUCGCAAAUAAUCUUCUUGUCCAAGGAAUCCCCCUUAUCUCUUAAACCUAAGUUUAUUCCAAAAUAUUGAUUCAAACAGUCAAAAUAUGAUGAAAUAUAUUCUAGAUCAUUAUUUAAAGGUUUGGUUUCGAAA